AUGCCUUCCAUUCUUGUCCAACAACUGAACUACCAUACAGGGGUGAGAUUCUCGAACAACUCGUUGAUUCAACAUAACGACUCCUACAGUUGCCUUGAGGUCAGCGAGAGAUUGUGGGAGUUGCGUGAGGUGCUUGCAGGUCAACUGGUCAUCUGCAGUGGUCUGCAAGCAAGGAAUGCACUGAGUAACUUCAGGGACUCCAAGAGUCGAUACAGAAGCAGAAGAAACCCGGCACAGACGUCUAGUGGAGGACUGAAUGGAGCUGCAGAAGAGAUCCGCAAGAUCGAGGACUUCUCUCGCUUCCUACUUCCCCCUUUGUUCUCCGAUCUUCAAGAUGCAGCUCCAUUCAACUCCCUACCAAUUUUGAGAAAUUCCAGAGAUUGGUGCUCGCACUCCGAGAAGCAAUCGAAAGAGGCCGGUCCUAAAUGGAACCAACCAGUGCUGAUAAAAGCCUUCAGGGAGUUGUGGAACGAUGUUGUCCGCCUGGUGGUCGAGAAUCUGGGCGGAUUUACACAACAAGGUUCGCGAAUGUGGUGGUGCCCGGCGUCUCUCUUCAGCCAGCAGCGUGCAACGGCAAGAAAUUGGCAAUUUCUUGCCAUGCACGCUGCUGGCGAAUACGGGCACAUGGAGAGUCCCUUUCACAACAAUAUAUCUUCAUACACCCCAUUGCUUACCGUGCUGAUGAGGGCUUGCAAAAGUCAUGACAGGUCGCUGUCGGUGUUCUUCGUCAUCAUUGGCCAGAAUCGCCCAGCUGGUGCUUUAUUCAUUUUGGACAGUGUGGAGCCUGAGCUGGAAUUGGUGUGGAGUAUUUUGCCCAACUGUUUCUAUCACCAAGAUAAUGAGCAUCGAUGCCACGAAAUCGAAAGCACAAGCAUCGUUGGGACAUUAUGGAAGGUCAAUGAUAGUACUGUGCAAUGCUUAGUCGAGGCAUUCUACAAACACUUGUGCGGGGACGGCAAAAUGAGGUCCAAACGAGCUGCCCGAGUGCUGCACCGAGCAGUCCAGUCGUUGGCCCGCGACGAGGACAUGCCCUUAGACCAGCGCAUAGUGUUCAUGCAUAUUGGCGUGUGA